AUGUUAAAGCACAACUACUCAGUCGUGACCGAGUUCAUUCUCCUAGGACUGACUGACCGAGCAGACUUGCAACCUAUCCUUUUUGUGAUCUUCCUCAUCGUCUACCUUAUCACCAUAGUCGGCAACGUGAGUUUGAUUUUCCUAAUCCGAACUGACUCCAAGCUUCAUACUCCAAUGUACUUCUUCCUCAGUCACCUCUCCUUUAUAGAUCUCUGCUAUACGACCAACGUCACUCCCCAGAUGCUGGUCCAUUUCUUAUCCAAGAGGAAAACCAUUUCCUUCACUGGUUGCUUUAUACAAUUCCAUCUUUUCAUCUCCCUGGUGAUCACAGAAUAUUAUAUGCUCACGGUGAUGGCUUAUGACCGCUACGUGGCUAUCUGCAAACCUUUGUUAUAUAGUAGCAAAAUGUCCAGAUGUGUUUGCCUCUCUUUGGUUGCUGCUCCUUAUAUUCAUGGCUUCCUUAAUGGUUUGGCGCAGACAAUUCUCAUGCUUCAUCUGACCUUCUGCGGACCCAAUGAAGUCAACCACUUUUAUUGCGCUGACCCACCUCUCCUUGUCCUGGCCUGCUCAGAUACUUAUGUCAAAGAAACUGCCAUGUUUGUGGCGGCUGGGUCCAACCUCACCUGCUCUCUCACCAUAAUCCUCAUCUCCUACGUUUUUAUUUUUGCAGCUAUUUUGCGUAUCCGCUCUACUGAGGGGAGGCUCAAAGCCUUCUCCACCUGUGGCUCCCAUCUGACAGCUGUCACCAUCUUUUAUGUGACACUGUUUUGUAUGUAUCUGAGGCCCCCUUCUGAGGCAUCUGUAGAGCAGGGAAAAAUUGUGGCUGUAUUUUACAUUUUUUUGAGUCCUAUGCUAAACCCUUUGAUCUAUAGCUUGAGGAACAAAGAUGUUAAGAUGGCAAUAAAAAAGGUUAUCCAAAAGAAAUUCUCUGCUAAAUAA